CCAAACCCUAAAGGGGUGCUUUCUAAGCUUUGAGGGACGUUUUAACAUCUAUCCAGUCCCUCUGGGCUUAUCAAAAGAGAAAAUAUUUCAAAUAACAAAAAAAAAAAAAAAACACACACAAAACAAAAAGAAGAUCUUGUGUUUGACUCUAGAGAAAAAAGCAAAAUGGGAGAAGGGAAAAGGAGAAUAGCAAUAAUUGGCGUCUCUUCUUUGUUCUUGGUGGCAAUGGUGGUGGCAGUAACAAUUGGAGUCACUCAAAACGCUGAUGGCACGAAUCUCGAUAGUCAAGACGUAUCGACUUCCGUGAAAGCCAUCAAUAGCGUUUGUGACACUGUGGAUUACAAACAAGUCUGUGUGGAAAGCCUGUCAUCGUCAGCAGGGAACACCACCAACCCACAAGAACUCGUUAAAACCGCGUUCCAAGUGGCGGUGCAGAAAGUCAAAGAAGCAGCCAAAAACUCAACCGUCUUGAAAGAACUCGAGAAGGACCCCAGAAGUAGGGAAGCACUUGAUAAUUGUCGGGAAUUGGGUGAAUCUGCGGCCCAUGACCUCCAGAGAUCGAUUGAUCAUAUGAGUGAGAUCGAUUCUAGCAAUUUCGAUGACUUGUUGAGCGAUUUAAAGAUCUGGCUAAGCGGUGCGAUCACUUACCAAGAAACUUGCCUAGACGGGUUUGAGAACACGACAGGCAAUGCUGGAGACAAAAUGAGGGAGUACUUAAAAUUUGGUAUGCAAUUGACUAGUAAUGCCCUUGCCAUGGUGACCGAGAUCUCCAGAGGGCUAUCGUCUUUGAACAUGCCGGCAUAUAGUCGCCGCCUACUCUCAGAAGAGUACCCGGUUUGGAUCAAUGGAGGAAUACGGAGACUACUUGAAGCAUCAGAGCACAAGAAGAAGGUCAAACCAGACCUUAUUGUGGCCAAGGAUGGAAGUGGAAAGUACAACACCAUUAAUGAAGCUUUGAAGGAUAUACCCAAAAAUCAAAACAAGACCUUUGUGUUGUAUAUCAAGGAGGGUGUUUAUGAGGAGAAAGUGCAGUUUAAUAAAAGCAUGACCCAUUUGAUGGUUAUUGGAGAUGGUCCAACCAAGACUAGGAUCACUGGCAGACUCAACUUCAUUGAUGGAACAACCACCUUCCAUUCUGCAACUGUUGUUGUACUUGGAGACCAUUUUGUUGCCAAAGACAUAGGGUUUGAGAACUCAGCUGGUCCAGAAAAGCACCAAGCCGUGGCAUUGCGAGUUGGUGCAGACAUGGCAACUUUCUAUAAUUGUCAAAUGGAUGGAUACCAAGACACCCUUUACGCGCACACUUAUCGUCAAUUCUAUCGCGACUGUGUCAUCUCAGGCACCAUUGAUUUCGUUUUUGGAGAUAGCGCUGCGUUAUUCCAAAAUUGUACAUUCAUGGUCCGAAAACCACUGGAAAAUCAAGCAACCAUAGUAACAGCACAAGGCAGGAAGGAAAGUCGCCAACCGACUGGAAUUGUCCUCCAAAACUGUACCAUCAAGGCUGACAAAGCAUACCGGCCUGUCCAACACAUACUCAAAGCGUACCUUGGCAGACCUUGGAAGGAAUACUCAAGAACCAUUAUCAUGGAGUCUUACAUCGACGAUUUGAUCCAGCCAGACGGGUGGAUGCCAUGGAAUGACACUUUUGCCCUUGACACGUGUUUUUAUACUGAGUAUAACAAUAGAGGACCCGCUUCUUCGAAACUAAAAAGGGUUCAGUGGAAAGGUGUCAAGGAAGUUACGAAAACCCGGAUUGAACGUUUCGUAGCCUCCAAUUUUCUGACUGGAAAUAAAUGGAUACCAAAGACCGGUGUGCCUUACACUCCUGGCCUUAUUUACCCACCACCGCAGGAUAGUGCAAGUGCUUCUUCCGAUACUUCUGAUUCUGACGAUGAAUACUCGGAUUUUCAAUACAGCUCAACACCUUCAAAUACAUCUUCAAAUGACAAAACAUCUGAUGAUAAAAAAUCCGACGAUAAAAAAUCAGAUUCAGACGAUAAGAAAUCAAAGAAAAAGCAUCAUCAUAACAAGAAGUUACGUCAUGGUGCUUCACUUACUACUGCAGGCCCAGCCUUGCCGCCCGAGAUGUCAGCUCCCACUCCAGCACCCAGCCCGGCUUUUUCGCCAUCUCCUAGCCAGACCCCAGUGGCCAAAUCGAAAAGCUUUUUAUCCAUGUUUUUUUAGAAUACUAAUAUUUUUGUUAAAUAAUUUUUCUGUUAAAAAAUGCUACUAAUAUAGAAAUAAAUCACAAAAUGGAUCACAGGCACUCACUUACUGGUGAGUAUCUAUAUCUCAUUAUGUAAUUUGUUUCUUGCUAGUAGAACGUAUGUUUUCUGCUUGUAUGUUUUUUUGAAUUUUUUGUUUUUUUGUUUUGGGGUGCUCGUGUCUUUGAUUCGGUCUAACUUCAAUUGACCGAAAUUUUCCCAUCAUGAUAAGGAAAGACAACCAAUUUUCUCAUUACUUCACCGAUCAAUGUGCUUCUUUGAGCUUGCAUCUUAAGAUCAAUGUGAAAAGUAAAGAAGGAUAUGCCGAUGGGGAAAAAAAAAAUGAGACCUUGGCCAAUGAAUUUUGGAGCCAACAGAACGCUAUGCUAGGAAAGGCAUAUUUAAUUGUUUCUUUGUUUUGUAUCCUUCUCUUUCUUUUUUCUUUAUGGAGUUUUACAAUGGUUAACUACAUGA